AUGGUCUUCCAGGUUCGAGGGACGCCUAUUGGCGCCCUCACCAUCUUCAUUGCAGCACUCGCCUCCAUGGGUGGCUUCCUCUUCGGCUGGGACACUGGUCAGAUCAGCGGUUUACUCGAGAUGUCCGACUUUCGUGCUCGCUUCGCUACCAUCGACGACCCUUCGGCCACAGGCGGAAAGAGCUGGAACCCGUGGAUCGAAGGCGUUGUCGUCUCGCUGUUGAGUGUCGGAACUGCUAUUGGCGUACUCAUCGGUGCUCCCCUUGCCGACAAGCUGGGUAGAAGAUACGCCAUGGUCGUCGAAUGCAUCGUCUUUGACAUUGGCGUCAUCAUUCAGGUGACCUCCUUCUACGCUUGGUACCAGGUCGCCAUCGGUCGUCUCGUCACUGGACUCGGAGUCGGCGCACUCUCUGCUGCUGUUCCCUUGUACCAAUCUGAAACGGUACCACGACAGGUACGAGGUGCUCUUGUUGGAACCUAUCAGCUUUUCAUCACGCUGGGCAUCCUUUUGGCCUAUUGCACCAACAUUGGUACCCGAGACUACUCUAACUCGGGCCAGUGGAGAGUUCCUAUCGCCCUUGGCAUCUUCUUCUCCUCGAUUCUCGCCAUCGGCAUUCUCUUCUGCCCCGAAUCACCUCGAUGGCUCGCCGCUCAGGGCCGCAACGAGGAGGCGUACAAGGCAUGCGCUGCGGUUCGUGGUGCCAAGUACGGCGACGGAAAUCCAUGGGUGGAAGCUGAAUACCGCGAGAUCGUCUCCAUGGUCAAGGCAGACGAGAAGCUAGAGGAGGCUGGCUGGCUGGACUGCUUCAAGCCGCAGCACAAGACUCUCUAUCGAACGCUUCUCGGAAUGGCACUCCAAGCCGGUCAGCAGUUUACCGGUGCCAACUACUUCUUCUACUUCGGAACCGCGAUCUUCCGAAGCGCUGGUCUUGAUGAUUCGUUCGUCACACAGAUCAUUCUGGGUGCUGUCAACUUUGUAUGCACUUUCCUCGGUCUCUACGUACUCGAGCGUUUCGGCCGUAGGUGGCCUCUCAUCUACGGUGCGGCUUGGCAGUCGUUCUGGCUCUUUGUAUUUGCUAUUGCUGGUGUAGUAGGCGGCCCACAGCCCGAGCAGAUCUCGUCGGGUAUCGGAAAGCUGCUGAUUGUGGCUGCUUGCUUCUUCAUUCUCGGUUACGCUUCCACCUGGGCUCCCGGUAUCUGGAUUUGGAUCGGCGAGAGCUUCAGUUACCGCACACGUGCCAAGCAAGCUUCAUUGGCGACCCUCAGCAACUGGAUCAGCAAUUUCCUCAUCUCGUACUUCAGUUCGCCCAUCGCCAACGAUAUCAACUUUGCCUACGGCUUUGUGUUCGCUGGCUGUAAUUUGGCCAACUGUCUAAUCGCCUUUUUCUUUGUUUACGAGUCGGCUGACCUGACGCUUGAGGACGUAGACGCCAUGUACAACGACCCCAACUGUAAGCCUUGGAACUCAACCAAGUGGGUGCCUGCUGGCUACACUUCGCGAGACCAGAUCAAGGAGAAGGAUUCGGGUCAGGCAAGCGAGGUGGGCGAGUGGAGCAACUCUCCUUCGGCGCUACCUGACGAGCAGGAGAAGAACAAGUCCAAUCCUCUUCAAGUGGCGUGA